AUUUUAUACUCAAUAACGUCAUGAACAUUUAACAGAAAGCGACUGGUUUUUUUACCACUUUUGCUACAUAGUCACCAAGUAUUAGAACAGAGUAGAUUGACACCGCCACUGUUAAAUAAUCCUAUUCGAAUUGGCCGUUCAGAGAAAACUUUCAAAUGCUCGCGAGUUAUUUUUUCAUUCGCAAUAAGAGGAUUUCAUUCAAACGAAUAGUAUGUGUUCGGUUGUGUGUUUAUAAAAAUUGCCGUUUAAACUUUAUUAAUUCAUUACAAUAGUUAAUUGAAAUCAGAAAAAUGUUUAGAUGAAAUGUAAAAAAAAAAAUUUUUAUGAAUAUGACAGUAAUGACGUUUAUACAUAUGGGAUAUGCGCUUAUGAUGUUCACAUUCUUGUUAAUGAUAUGGUUUUCAAGUAUAAAAGCCGAAAAUUUUUUGCAAGACAAACAACCGUGUACAUUUAAUCCCUUGUGUUCGUGCACAAAAUCUUAUGACAGUUUAGGAGUAGUACACUGUGAUGAUAUUUACUUCCCUAGGAUACCACUAGCGAUUAAUAGGUCUAGACUAUCAACCCUACAUCUUCGUAACAAUGACUUAGAUGAAAUUGAACCCUAUUUUCUUGUCAAUACAGGCUUGUAUAAAAUCACCAUACAGGACAAUCCGUUAACAGAUUUGCACGAAGAGUCGUUGUACGGCUUAGAACAUUCACUAUGGGAACUUGAAUUAGUAAAUACUCGUCUCAAUACUGUGCCAAGUCGAGCUAUACGAAUUUUACAAAAACUAAAGAUUCUUAAUUUAUCAGGAAAUCAAAUAUCAGAAAUUAAGACUGGAGAUUGGAAUGGAUUAGAUAAUUCGCUGAAAAUAUUGAAACUAACUGAUAAUGCAAUUACAUUCAUUGGACCUAGGGCUUUUGACGGUCUUAUGUCACUAGAAGUACUAGAUUUGUCAGGAAAUAUGAUAUCAGAAAUACAUGUUAAUGCUUUUCAAAGCGGCCCAUUAAAGUUGUAUAGAUUAAACUUGGCUGAUAAUUUAUUAAAGUUUAUUCCCUACGUUCAUCUAUCUUCGUCUGAAAUGAAAUUUUUAAAAUAUUUGGAUGUUAGUUAUAACUUAAUAGAAAGUACCAGAGGACCAUCAGUAACAAUGGCAUCUAAAGGAGGACGGCGUAAAUUUUUUCUUGAUGAACUACAUUUAGAAUAUAAUCAUAUAAAAAUUUUAGAAUACCAGAGUCUCCAGAAUUUUGAAGCUAUUAAUAAAACUUAUUUCGAUGGAAAUCCAAUCACACAUAUACAGGAUGGAGCUUUUCAAAGUACGAAAAUUCGAGAAUUGUACAUUGUUGACUGUGAAAUUUACAAUGUAUCUCUAGAUGCAUUUAAGGGUUUAGAAACUUGUCUACAAACUUUAGAUGUGUCUCAUAAUAAUAUAACUGAGUUUCCCGUUAGAAAAUUACAACAAAAUUUCAAUAUGUUACUAAAAUUGGGUUUGAAAGAUAAUAAAAUGAAAAAUUUGUACCUUGUUUCAAAAGAUACAUCUGACAAGAUUGUCAAAUCAGAUGAAAAAAAAAGCCCAAAUGAUAGGUUUAAAUCCCACAACGACGAUAAGAAACUAAUUUUUAAAAAUACAGAUGAAAACAAAGAUUUCCUUUCUCUACAAGAUUUUGAUUUUUCUGGCUGGAAAAAUGGGCCUCUUCAAAUGAACACAAUUAACGGUUUUAAAUAUGUUCGUCGGCUCUCGUUAUCACGGUUGUAUACAUCGUCGUUAACAUCGGACAUGUUUCAGAAUUUUACGAUUGAUAUGGAUGAGUUACAAAUAACUGGUUCAGAAUUAAAAGCUAUUAAAGCUCAUGCUUUUAAACAUAUUCAUGGUCUUAAAUAUCUAGAUCUUUCAGAUAACACAAUAAAUCUUUUAGAAUCGGAAGCAUUUAAAGAGGUUGGCCAUUCAUUACAAUACCUUAAAAUGUCUCACGCUUUUUCACCAUCAUUUAAACCAUUUCCAGGGGAUGCAUUUCGUUAUCUAUCUAAUCUCAAAUAUUUAGAUUUAAGUAAUAAUCAUUUGCAACAGCUUCGCGAGUCCACUUUUCAUGCUCAAAUUAAUUUGAGGACAUUAAAUUUGCAAGAUUGUAUGAUUGACUCUUUACCAAUUGGGACUUUUCAAAGCGAAAUAAAUGGCUUUUUAGAAGAAUUAUAUUUAUCAUCAAAUUCAUUAAAGAAGAUUCAAGAAAACACCUUUGAUAGUUUGCCAUCUCUUAGUAAAAUACAUUUAGAUGAAAAUCGAAUUACUCGUAUAGAAAAACACGCGUUUGCUAACUUAGAAAGUUUACGAUGGCUAAUUUUAAGAGGGAAUAUAAUUGAAAAAUUAUUCAGCGAAGCUUUCCAAAAUUUACCAAAUUUGCAAGAACUGGAUUUAGCUUAUAAUAGUAUUCAAAAUAUGGAUUUUUCAUUCUUAGAUCAGGUGGGAAUGCUGUCAUAUUUUCGUUUGAAUGUCAGUCAUAAUCAAAUGUCUAAACUACAUGUUAACUCAAACUUUUCCAAGAAAGAAUCUUUUAUUCAAUCAAAUAUUAGAGUUUUAGAUAUAUCAUAUAAUAACAUAAAAGAUAUAGAGGAUAGAUACUUCUCUCCUAUGGAAUCCAGUUUAAGUCAUUUGCAUAUGUCGUACAACAUAAUUUCACAAGUAUCCAGAAACAUUUUUGGAAAUUUGUAUAAUCUAAUAUGGUUGGAUUUAGGUCAUAAUCGUAUUGUUGAAAUAGGAUUUGAUACUUUUAAAAGCUCAAAAAAAUUGCAAGUAAUUUUAAUGAACCAUAACCGUUUGCACGAUGUGCCCAAUGAUUUGUUCAAAGGGUUUAGCGAAUUAAGAAUUGUUGAUUUUUCCUACAAUAAAAUUCGAGUGUUGCCAGAUAUGUUUUUUUCGGAGAACAGUUUAGAAGUAUUAAAAUUAGCACACAAUGAAUUAUCUCGCAUGCCUGUUUUGUCAUUUGCUGUACAUUCUGCUGCUGUUAUAUGUGAUAUGGAUCUAUCAUAUAACAUGAUAACAGCGCUACCAGUUUUUGAAAUGUUUUCACGAUUCAAAUCUUUAAAAAAAUUGAAUUUGGCUGGUAAUCGUUUGAUACGUCUGGAAGAUUCCAAUUUUGCAGCAUUAUCUCAUCUUAGAUAUUUAGAUCUAAGUAGCAAUAACGAUUUAGUUUUUGAAAACAAAGGCCGAACAUUCCUUGGUUUAGAUCAGACACUUAAAUAUCUUAGAUUAAAAAACAUUUCAUUGAUAAAUAUACCAGAACUUCCAUUGCCGUCACUUGUACAUCUUGAUUUAUCAAGAAAUCAAAUAGCAUCAAUAUCAUCCGAAAAAGCUUCAAAUUUAAGUUCAUUACAACACUUGGAUUUAAGCAACAAUGAACUUAUUGGUUUUCCACCGAUCGUCAUGAGCUUACCGCAACUCAAUAGUCUUAAUUUAGCCAAUAAUCAUAUCUAUGACAUUAACAACAAUAGUUUGACAAUGGGAGUUCAAAAAUUAAUUACGUUAGAUAUUAGUUAUUUGCCGCUAAUGUCAUUCGAGACUGGAGCUUUAAACAAAAUGAUAUCUCUAAGAACAUUAGUAAUUAGUACAUUUGUAGCUGUCAAAGAUUUCAACGUAGCAUCUUGUAUUGGUGAUAUUCAUACAAUAAGAAAUUUAAACUUAAAAGUUGAUAAAGUCUCACGAAUAGGAAAAGAAUUCAAUGGUUUGCUUCCGUAUAAGUUACGAAAUAUUACAAUUAGUGGUAAAGCUUUACACUUGUUGUCAUCUGACACAUUAUUACAGGGAAUGCAAUAUCCGAGUUUAAGUUUGACAAUUUACAACACUAGCUUAGAAUCUAUAUCAGCUGAUUUUUUUCAUAAUAUGGGUACUGUUAGGAAUAUCAGUCUUGAUAUUCGUAAUAAUUCUUUGAAAUCAUUUGGGAAUCCAUCGACAAAUAAUUUGCCAAAACAACACAGAGAAACAUUUUUAACUGCUCUAAAAGUAUCUGGGAAUCCAUGGGUUUGUGAUUGUAAAAUCGGCUGGAUGGAAGUUUGGCAUAGAAAAAAACGGCAAUAUUUGUGUACUGAUGAAUUGCCUUCUUCGACAAAUCGAUUAAGAGAAAUUGAUUAUUAUUCUAUGAGCAAAUCUAAUUGUCUUAUAAACGAUGAAGACUUGGAGGUUGCCAUGUGUGCAGAUAGAAAAAAAUCUUUGGCAGACGCUUUUAAAUCUGAUAUUGAAUGUGGAUGGGGAGCUGCUGGCACAUGUCGAGCUCAUUUAAUAGUUAUUGUUAUAGCCCUAGUUUUAUAUGCAAUGGCUAAUAAUUAAAUUAAUUUAUAUAUUCAUAUCAAAUAUACUCCUCUAAUUGAGAAUAAAUUACAUAGUGAUAAAUCAAAAUUAGUUCAAUUAGAAAAACGUAUUUAUCUAAAACUAAAAUUAUUUUAAUUUCAACGCGAUUUUAUGUUGAAAAAGUUGCCAAAAAGAAAAAGAUUUUUGUUUUUUUGUUUUAAACUUAUGCUUAUUUUAUUUUAUAAGAAAAAUUCAUUUAGAUAUCACAAAAAAUUACUUUAAGAUAAUAAUACGCUAUUUUUGAUGUAUUACAU